GCGAGGUCUCCAACAUCAAUUCGGAGUUUGGCCGGCCGACCUGUCGAUCAUGAAGCUGUCGACCCUUAAUUGCUGUAAUAAUUUACAAUAAUUUACAAGAUUGUGGUAUUUUUUUUCGAUCCAUCAGUUGAAAGAAAGUCGUAAACAAAAGGAAUUCACAAAACAAGAUGAAUGCACCUCCGACCUUUGAAUCAUUCUUGUUAUAUGAAGGAGAAAAGAAGAUAAUAAAGGAACAAGAUACAAAAGUGCCCAAUGCUGCUAUCUUUACAAUCAACAAAGAGGAUCAUACUUUGGGAAACAUGAUUCGCAAUCAAUUACUAAAGGAUCCUCAAGUAUUAUUUGCUGGCUACAAAGUUCCUCAUCCGCUAGAACAUAAGUUUGUUAUUAGGAUACAAACAACAUCGGAUUAUACUCCACAUGAAGCCUUUAUGCAUGCUAUUACUGAUUUAAUUGCGGAACUUUCACUGUUUGAAGAACGUUUUAAGGAGGCGAUUAAAGAGAAGAAGGAAGGUUUAGAUUGAAAUAAAAAAGGUGGAAGUUUUCUACAAACAGAAAAUUUAUCAAACUUUUUUCAUCCAAUACUUGAUUCCUUAAAUCCAUAUAAUGCAUCUAUUAAAUACAUGACAAAUACAUUUUGUAUAAUAAUUGUAAAUAAAUAAUAAUUGUACUAAGCAUU